AUGGCUGAAACAAUCACUAUGGCAUCGCCCUCAUAUUCAAUUCUAAGAACAAAUCUCGAAGAAACACAGUGGGUUCUGCAAAUCAGCGAGCUUCUUCAACGAAAUGAUUUUCAUACAGCUUUUGAAAGUCCAAUUUCUAUCUUUCAAGUGCCAGAUUCUAUACGAAACGACAGCCCAGAAGCCUUCACUCCUCGUCGUGUGGCUUUGGGGCCUUAUCACCAUUUUCGAUCAGAGCUGCUCAACUUGGAGCUCUACAAGCUCAGUAGAGCAAAGAAGGUGAAAGAUCAGAUCGAAUUGGCUGAGUUUCACAAACUUGUCAGUGAUAAACUCAAGCCAUUGGAGCUUAAAAUCCGAGCAUGUUUCGACAAAUAUUUGGAAGUGGGAUGCGAGGCUUUGGCUUGGAUAAUGCUCAUUGAUGGCUUGUUCUUGAUUCACUCGCUUCGUAUCUUUGCUGAAGUGGAAGUAGAGUGUUCUCUUCAGCGCCAUGAGCUUCCUUUACCUGAGCUCGACUCUGAACACCAACAGAUGUACCUCAAUCCCAAAGCAAAUUCAAUGGCUCGAAAUGAGAUCGUGAGUGACACUCUAAUGUUGGAGAAUCAAAUCCCAUUUUGUGUUCUCAAAGAAAUUUUAGCAGGAACUCACAUCAUCAAUGAUCUGCCAGUCUUAUUAUACAAAUUCUGUGUCUUGGUUUCACCAUUUGCCUUACGUUCAUAUUCGCAUAUGGUCCUAGUUAACUCCAUCAGUUUUCUUGAUGAUCGCCUUCCUCAAACAUUCCAACAAUCUCAUCAUUUGUUGCAUUUUUUGUACCUCUUGAUUUUGAAUCAGUGGGAAACGGACGGUGAAGGUGAAGAGAUUUAUGGUCGUCCUGCCUCCCCAAAUCUUCUUGGUCUUUGUUUGAAUAUAUUAGCAUCAAUUAUGCAGACGAACGCAAUUGAAUUACUACUGCAAUUCAGUGAGUUAAUCCAAUAUUUGUUUGAAAUAUUCAAGGUAUUGGUUCGACCAUCUUCACUUGAGGAUAGCUUUCCUACGAUCCCCUCAGCCUCAAAACUGAAGAAAGUUGGAGUGAAAUUUCAGCCAAAAUAUAGCCUCCAAGCCUUUACGUUUUACAAGCCAGAGGCCACUCUCUGGUUGCCAGCCAUCACGUUGGAUUCUACGUCCCAUGUAAUAUUGAGAAAUCUAGUAGCAUUUGAAGUCAUUACCAAGUUGAACCCGCCAAGGUUUUCCCAAUAUGCAGCCGUUAUGAAUGGACUCAUGGCAACUACAAAGGAUGUCAAGAUUCUAAAGGAAGCUCGCAUCAUCGUUAAUAAUCUAGAGAGUGAUGAAGAAGUGGUGGAGCUCUUUAAUGGGUUUAUGAAGUUUGCUUCAAAGGGUGAACCAUCAAAGAUUGGAUCGUCUAGUCCUGACCCAGUUAAUUACAUGGUAAAUAUGGUUGAAAGGAUCAUUGAAGAAGUAAACAAAUAUUAUGAGAGCACAUGGAGAAUUAAGAUUAUUAUUUAG